AUGGCGCCCAGAGACACCACCCUCUUCUUCCUUGUGUUCUGUCUUGGCCAGAAGAUUCAGGCACAGGAUGGGAAUCUCUCCAUUCCUACCCUAUCUGCCACGCCCGGUUCUGUGAUUCCCUGGAAUGAGUAUGUGAAGGUCCUGUGCCAGGGAACUCCUGGGUCUUAUCUGUAUCAACUGGAGAUCCUGGGAAACUCCACAUACAAAGUGGUGGAGGCUAAACUGAGAAUUCAGGAGAUGGCUGAGUUCGUCAUUAACCGCAUGGAUACAAACACUGCAGGGCGUUAUCGGUGCCAAUACAAGAAACAUUUCAGCCAGUCAGUGUAUAGUGAAGCCCUGGAGCUGGUGGUGACAGGCUUGUAUGACAAACCCUUCCUCUCCACUGAUGGGGGCCUUGUGGUGAUGACAGGGGCGAAUGUUUCCCUCCGAUGCCGUUCAGCACACAUCUCAUUGGAUAGAUUUUCACUGAGCAAGGAGGGAGGGGCCCCUCUGUCACAGCGCCAAAAUGGGGGGCACUGGGGUGACUUCAUUCUGGGUCCUGUGAAUCUCAACUUCUCCGGGAUCUACACAUGCUACAGUUGGUACAGUGGCAGCCCUUAUGUAUGGUCAGCCCCCAGUAACGCCCUGGAGCUUGUGGUCACAGAUACCAUCAACAAAGAUUACACCACGGAGAAUUUGAUUCGAAUGGGCGUGGCAGGGCUGGUCCUGGUGGUUCUCUUGGCCAUUCUGGCUGAAAAUUGGCUGGGCCAUCAGGUUCCACACAAGGAAGACCAGCAAGAUUUGCCGGAAUUGAGCUGGAGUAGACAGAAAACUCAGGCAGAAUGGAGCUUUGGACUAACUACUAAGGGCCACCAGGAGACACCAGGCUCUGAAGUAGAAGAGCCGGCACUUGAGUUCCGCAAAGCUACCUGGAGAACAUAA